AUGUCCAUAGAAGAGAGCAUCAGCCUGGAGGAGACAAACAAGAUUCAUAUCUCCCUCGGCCUCAAGCCUCUGACCGACGAUAGCGCUUCUGUGGAUGACAGGGAGAAGCAAGCAGAGGAAAACUAUGACCGUCUGUCUAGGGUGAGAAAUCGCCAGGAGCUCAAUGCAAAGCUAAAAGGUUCCGCUCUCGGUAAUGCCGACGGCGAUGUAGACGACACUUUGAAGGGGAUCAAGAAGAGCAAGAAGAGGGAUAAAGAGCUUGCUAGGAAGAGGCAGGAGGAGCUUGAGGACAUGGGCAAGGCAUUUCAAGAAGACUGCACAGAAAAGAACCUCGCUGGCUUGAGAGUCAGCCAUGACUUCGAAGGCAUGGACGAAGGCAAAGCACAUAUAUCAACACUGAAAGACAGCCGGAUCCUCGACAAUGAAGAGGAUGAGCUGCAGAGCCUAGAAAUGGCUGAGCACGAGUGCAUGAAGAAGAAGAAGAAGCUUAAGAUAAAGAGGUGGGACUACACUGGUUAUAGUAAUGAGAAGUUCACUCCUGGUGCAGCUGGUAUGAAGCAGUCAUUGCUGUUCAAAUACGAUGAUUUCCUAGAGGGCCUGAAAGAGACUAUAUGUGGAUUUCAGUUAGGCACGAACAUCACCUCUGCUCAGUCUAGACGUGAUGAGCGGGAGCAGGCAGCUGCCACUGUGAAUAAGUUCUUACUCUCUAUGAACUACGCUAAGAAUAUUGAAUCGGAAGAUUGCCUCAAAGAAGGGGACAUCGGGUUUCAGAAGCCUAAAACAAAGAAGAAGAAGGCUUCUCGUCGAAUGCAGGUAGACAAGAAGCCGAUUCUACAAGCAGCUGUUGCCCGUUCGUGCACAAAGAAGUUACAGAAAGCUAAGAAACUGUCUUCAGAGGACAUUGCUAGACGAGGUCCUGAUGCUGAAGUAUCACCAUCCAUAGUCGCUGAAGAACGCACGAGAUCAGAGGUUUUGAACGAGGAUGGUGUUAUCACUAUUGGGGAGGACGGUGAUGUGGAUGGCGAGAGUGGCUUGACUUUUGACGAUACCUCAGAGUUCGUCCGUGCCAUUACUUAUGAGCCAACCUUGGUCAAGAAGGAACCUCCUGCUGCAACACCAGCACCAGUGCCCAUGGAGAUUACCAAGCCACGCUCACCAUCCGUUGAUGUCAAAAUGGAGCUUGAAGCAGGUGAAGUGAGAGUCAAGGAGGAAGAGGAUGACGAAGAGAUGCUCAAUGUGAUCGAGAAUGCGAUCAAGAACACUGAAGCUGCUGAAAAGGCUGCCGCAGAGGGCAUGGAGGUCCCUGUUGGUAUGCUUACAGAGCAAAUGUACAGCGCUGAUCUGGCAUCUACUUUGAACAUCCUGCACCAGCAAGGCAUCCUUGCUGCACCUACUUCCGACCAAAAGGAGCGAGACAGGAACUUGGAGUCCUUCAAGAAUUACAAGGCGGAUGUCAACAUCGUGUACUACGAUGAGUUUGGACAUGAGCUCACGCAAAAGGAGGCUUGGAAGGCACUUUCACACAACACCGGCUCUCCUGCGCCGCGGCCCGGGUUUCCGAGAAUCUCUGCAGCAGCAGAGCCCUUCGCAUCUUCAAAGGAAGGGACUCCUGUUCCGAGUGACCGCACGAAGCUGGUCAUCGGGCUCAGCGUGAAACACAAGGUGGUAGGAGAGGCUGCGAGCUCGCCGCCUCCGAAAAAGUGGUAG